ACUUCUGACCUGCUUAGUAGGAUUCUGUUGUAGGAUUCUCUCGUAGAGGAACUUUAAUUCAUUAUGGUUCAAGUUCAAAAGAAUGUCUGCUUAAUUGUUAUCGACGGCUGGGGCAUCUCUGAAAACAAAGAAGGUACCAGCUGUUUUCAUGUCGGCAAAACAUAUAUUUUUGUGGACUUCAUUUCAGCAAUUUGUAGUGCGAUCGAUUGAUAAAUUCUGUAUGUACUGUACAUGUUUGGAACAUAUGUCUUCACUUUCAUUGAUCCGGCGAUGUUGAUACUGAGAAAUGUUUAUUUAAGAAAUUUGUUGCUUUUGUUCAUGAACAUAAACAUGGUCUUGAAAAAUUUAUGUAAUUUUUUAGUGUGCGAACUUGACAGAAUUGUCACGUCAUGCUCUGACUCUCAUUAAUCUAUUUUUAUGUCAAUAUUUGAAUAUCGCCAUGUUCCUGAUUUUUACACAACUUGCUAAUGUUUAAUGUGUGUAGUAAAACGUUUACAGACAAUCAAAUUCUCAUAGAUUGCGAACCGAAGCAUUUUGUGCGCACAGUAGUUCUCCGAAUCCAGACUCGUUGUUGCGUGACAUCUCGAGUGUAUUAGUAACGAAUGUUUGGUAAGAAUUCAGCGUUCAGUGUUUGAAAAUGUCAAAAUGUUUAGCAACGUGAAAACUUUUGGCUUCCAUUCUUAAACCUGUAGGGUUGAAGACUGGAGACCAUAAGUGUAACAUUUCUGAAAUUGUGAACCAGAGAAUGAUUUUUACAUAGAUUUAUAGAUUUAAACUUGGUUUUGCCAUGAUUUUUACAUUUCUUUAACCCUUUAACUCCCAAGAUCUAAAUGGUAAUUCUCCUUUUAGUCUGUCAUACAGUACUUGUGAUGUUAGUUUGGAGAAUUUGGGAUUGGAUCAACUUAUAAUCCCCUAAUUGAUGUUUUUCUUUAUUCUCAUCACUUAUCUGCUUGAUAUUGUAUUUACAUUGUAGGGAGAAAUUCUGUUUUGGUCACUCAUGGACAUUAAAGGGUUAAAAUUAAUAAUACAUGUUUGAAAAUUUAUACCCCAGUCAUAUCUAAGCCUUUGGGUGCUGUAUCUUAUCAAUAUCCUACACUCAAAUUUGAUGUUGUUUGUAGGUUCUAUUUUUUCAGAGAUAAAUAACUGUACUCAAUAAACAACCAAGUGGAAAAAGGAAAUAAAUCAGUGAUGCUAAAACUUAAAUAAUGUCAGAGUGUGAAGCAAUCUCAUUUGCUUAUCUGCCUUCAUACAGGAAAUGCCAUUGCUAAUGCUACGGUACCAGUCAUGGAUGCAUUUUGCACUGGACAAAACAAUGCUUACACCACCCUAGAUGCUUCUGGUUUGUCAGUUGGCUUACCUGCAGGACUUAUGGGUAACAGUGAAGUAGGACAUCUGAAUAUUGGAGCUGGAAGAGUUUUGUACCAGGUGUGAAAUAUAGGAAACUAUGCCAUCAUAUCUUGAUUAUCCGUAUAAUCAAAGCUAUAAUAAGAUUCUCAAACAUGAUUGGUUAUGACCAGUCAGAUUUGAGUACUUAUUGGACAGCAUAUGCAUCAUGCUUUUAAUUAGACAGAGCAAGUGUCAUGGCUAUCUAAUUGGAUCGUAGGCAUCAUGUGUGUGCACUGCUGUUAUGAUGCAUUUUGCAGAAUUAACUGUAUCUUACAGAGUUGUAAUGAAUGGCUAGUUUGUUUCUCAAAUUUUGUCACAGUUUUGAUGAAUUGGCAAUAGGACUUUGAGUUGCCCAAUAUUGUCUUUAAUUAUACUCAUAAUGAACAUGUUGGACUCCUGUUUGGUGGUCAUCCCAUUUUGUUAAUCACUCAGAUUACACACCAAAUUGGAUUUUACUGAGUUCCAUUACCAUUACCAGUGAUCCUUUAUAAUCAGUAGCAGAGUUUAGGGAAGGAGGGGGAAUGGGGUGAGAGAUUUGUGAUCCCUAAAAAAAUAGACCCAUGUUGCCAUGUGUUUAUUCAAUGUUAUAACACAUUAGACUUACUAUAGAAAUUCUGAUUGGUUGAGAGCAUGCAGUCAAUAGUAUGUGAUGUUGACAUGAUAACCCAACAUCUGUAACAGAUAUUGGGUUAUCAUGUCAAGUUCAAAGUUUGGCUAGUUUCCAAGCCCUUCAUCCAUGCACAUGUAGUAUUCUCAAAAUUUUUCGAACUCAGAGAAGUGUCUGACUUCUGCAGAUUGUUUAGCAAAUUUACAAUAGAAAAAAAAUAUUUGAUUCACCAAGUUUUUAUCAAACCUCACAUCUGCGUUAUCUACCUCAGCCUUCUCCUUUGGUAGAUAACUCAGAUCUUGGCACUGAUAUUUCAUGAUAUCAUGCUCAACCUCAGCCAGUAAUUGCUUAAUCAAUCACAAAUGAUGCCAAAUGCGGUUACAACAAAAAAGAGGCACACAAGGCACAGUGUGUCACUGAUGUUCUUAUCACACUUUGGUGUUACAUUAUUACUUAUGUACAAAGUCAUGCCACCCUGGAAUCUCUUUGUCUUUUUGGAAAAGAAGCAUAAAAUUAUUAUGGAGGUGUCAUCUAUAUGUCUGUCUUCCAAUGAAUCAAAAUUAAGAGCCAAUCAAAAUACAAAAAUAACUCUGAGCUCAUUAUAAUUAUAAUCAUGUAUGAUGCAUGAAAGUUAAAUAUCUGAUUCAGGUUAUUCUCCUAGACAAUGACAAGACACUGUUUUAGGACCCUUAAUUGUUAAAAAAAAACUGCCAAAUGAAUUUGAUUCAGAUUUAUGAGCUGCAAAAAAAAUUGGAUCAUGAAAUAACACUCAAUCAAACUACCACAGCCAGUUAAGGUUUUGAAGCACAGUGAUUUGGAUGGAGAUUCAAAGUGUUCUGUAGACACAUCCUUUAAUAAUCUGUCUAAAAACAUCAUUGUAGAAAGGAGAUGGUCCUUCUUAAUAAGUCCAUGGAGAUUGGGUAUGUUUAAGCCAGUGACAUAGUAAGGGUCCAUAUCAAUCUGUACACUUAUAAAAUUUGUUUAUUACAUUUGUAAUUAAAAUUAUGGCUACUCUUAAUCACUCAUGCCUUACAUUAUUGCUUGUCCUUUUUUUCGGUAGGAUAUUGUUAGAAUUAACAUGACCUCUGACAAGAAGGAGUUUUCAAAAAAUGAAGUUUUUGCUGAAGCAGCAGAAAAAGCUAAGGCUUCUAAUGGAAGGUUUCAUUUAUUGGGUUUGGUGAGUAACCAUGUCUUAGUAAGAUCAUUUUCAUAUGUCUGAAUUAUAUACUAAUAAUCAACAAUUAACUCUUUAACUCCCAAGAUCUUAAUAGUAAUUCUCCUUACUGUCUGCCAUAUAGUUGCUGCAAUGUUAGUUUGGAGAAUUUGAUAUUGGAUCAACAUAUAAUCCCCUAAUUAAUCUUUUCCUUUACUCUCAUAACUUUUCUGCUUGAUAUUGUAUUGAUAUUGUAAAGAGAAAUUCUGUCUUGAUCACUCAUAGGAGUUAAAGGGUUAAGUUGUUAAUCAAGUGAAGUAAUCUUGAUCUAGAUCUCACAGGACAAAUAUUUAACUUGAAUAAAGAGGUCAUUCAUUUUUCAAGAGAGUGAGAUAAGGAAAAUUGGGAAAUUUUGGUAGGAUGCACAAUGAUGUGAAAAUGUCCUUCAAUUCUUGGAUAAUAUUGAUUAAAUAAUAUUGGUUUUAUUUUAGGCUCAGUAAGGAGGUAUUGUGUUUAUUAUCCUUCUAAUAUUUUGCCAUGCACAUGAAAAAUGUUUACAAACAACUUACCGUAAGCAGGGUGGGAAGUGUUCUUUGGAGUGUUCUCUACAGGUACAAACUUCAUGAAAAAAAUGAUAUCUUCCUUCUUCUGCAACAACCACAAACACUCCCUUAUCUAAUUAAAUAAUUUGAAGGCUUACAUUGUAUCAUGAUGGAUUCAAGGUUUGAACAUUGGGGAAUUUCAUUUGGCUGAUAUUCUUGGAUGUCACCUAGUUUUAGCUGGGGGAUAUUCAGGCAUGUGUUGUAUUUAGACCAGUUGCAUAUGAGCAAAAAGAUUUGAUGGAUCAUAAUUUCAAUUAUCCAGACUGUUCAGCCCAGUCUGCACAAACCCAGAAGAUAGAGGUGGGACUGUACUUGCACACUUGAUGUGAAAGUAUACAUUACGGACAAUUUUUUUUUCUACAGGUCAGUGAUGGUGGUGUCCAUGCCCACAUCAAUCAUUUAGAGUCAAUGAUUGAUGCAGCUAAGGAGCUUGGUGUUCCCAAGUGUUAUGUUCAGUUUUUUGCUGAUGGAAGAGACACAUCUCCAACCAGUGGAGGUACAAAAUAUAUUGAAGGAAGCUACUUCACCACCAGGCUAUCCAAUAGUAAUUAAUUGUAAUAAUAAUAAUGAUAAUAACUAGUGUCAUAAAUUAAGUGCCAAUCAAUUUGAGGCUUCAACAUCCCCACCCCACCCCCCUCUCCCCUUUUCUGGGCAACCCAUGGGUGUUUUGACCAUCAUCUGUGUUAAAGUGUCAUGUCUUUUCAGAAGAAUACAAGUGUAUCUUUAAAUAAGGAGGUGUUUAAAGGUAAAGAGUUCAUUCAGGUCUGCAAGGUCUCAUUUGUGAAAGCCUGGUCAAUGAGUAGAAAGUCAGGGUCACUGAUUAAUUGCCCCUAAAAAUAAAAAUAUAAAACUGACCAUUUAAUCCAACACUUGGUUAAUUCAAACACAAUUUUGCUCCCAGCAGGGAUAGGAAUUAGAACAAAUCAAUCUUCAAAUACUCAAAUACUGGGUUGGGGGAGGAAUGUUGAAGCUUUGAAUUGAUUAUUAACAAUUAGAUCUCGGGAGUAAAACCCAUCAAUGGAAGAAGUAACAAAAUCCCUACUUUAACAUUUUUUUAAGUGACAUAUGUGGAACAAGUCUUGAAGAAGCUGAAGGACAUCAAUUAUGGCUCACUAGCCACAGUUGUGGGCCGUUAUUAUGCAAUGGACAGAGACAAGCGUUGGGAGAGAAUCCAGAUUGCUUAUGAAGCUUUGGUGCAAGGAAAGGGUGAAGAAACUACCCCAGAUAAAGUUAUUGAGGUAAAGACAGACAGUUGACUGAUUAGACUUUGCAAGGUGUAUCACUGGCUCAAAGAUCCUUUACUUAAGCAUGCAAUUCCUCCACCUGCUGUUUAUAAAUUGUCUUUGUUUAUAUUAUGUUUGAGUUUGCUUUUUUUUUUUUUUUUUUAUUUAAGGUUUUCAAAGGUCGCUAUGAAGCAAAAGGAGACAAAAGUGAAACAGAUGAGUUCCUAAAACCCAUUAUUGUGGACCCUGAAGGAAGAAUAAGAGGUUUGUGUUGAGUUUUUAAAACUGAUGAGAAAGUAAUUGAGUAUUAAUAGUAUAUAUUUGAUUUUUUUCACCAUAAGAUGCAAGAACACAGUUUGCUAUAAAUCACAUGGUACAAACUUUUAAUUAACAAAUUGUAUUUUUUUUAUCUUGUAGUAAAAAGUAUUGCUUUCCUCAUUAAAGUAUUACUGCAAUAUCUUUUACUAAAAAAGCUUAGUUACUUUUAUCAGUUAAAUGCUUAUGAUAUCCAUCAUGAAUUAUUUUGGCUAUUUAUUUCUCUUCAGAUGGAGAUGUCCUUUGUUUUAUUGACUUCCGUUCUGACAGGAUGAGGCAAAUCAAUGAAGCUUUUGGAAUAAAGCCACCUUUUGAAACAAAUGUUAUUCCUUCUAAUCUUGUAAGUAUAAUAUCUUGUUAUUUGAAGAAAGAGGAACGAAAUAAUAUUUCAGUAGGUCAGGAGUAAUGUAAUGGUUAGAUACUUAAAAAGGACAACUGUUAUGGGACACUAGGAUCCAAAUUUGGACUCUAGCAUGUCCAAAAUCAGCUGACAUUGUCCAAAAUCUAACGCAUGUGUUAAAAAUCAGACAUGAAAUGUGUCUAAAAUCUGAAAAUACAUGUAGUUUCUAAGAUUGGGCAGUAGUAACUGAAAUCCAACACUUGUGUCCAAAAUUGGAUCCUAGUGUUAAAAGUAAGACACAUGCCCAAAAUGGGACAUCAGUGUCCAAAAUCAGGAUGUAAGUAUUCAAAACUGGAUGUUAGUUUGUAAAAUUGGAUGCUAGCAUCUGAAAUUGGGUACUGAUGUUUUAAAUUGGAUACUAGUAUCUAAUAUUGGAUCCCAGUAUCCAAUAACUAUUUCAUUCAGUUGUCACUUUCCAGUAUCUAACCAUUACAUUGCUCCUGACCUACUGAAACAUUUUUUCACUAGUGUCCAAAAUUGGACACUAGUGCCAAAAUCUUACCUCGCCUAUUGUCUAAAAUAGGACAUUUGUGUCUAGAAUUGGACAAUAGUGUCUAGUAUAGCCCUCUAGGGUCCAAAAUCAAGCAAUGGUGCCCAAAAUCAAAUACCUGUGUCCAAGGUUGGACCUCUUUUAAUUGCAUACUGCGGUAUAUAGAAUUGGAUGCCAGUUACUAAAAUCACUUAGCAAUUAUUUCCAAAACUGGACACUAGCAUACAAAAUUUGACAUCGAUGUCUAAAAAUGGACACUAGAGUUGAGGGUGCAUUUAUGUUUUCACUGAUCAAAUUUUAAUUUAUCUUUAAUUUCAGCAUCAAAUUACCAUGACACAAUACAAAAAAGAAUUUCCCUUCCCAGUCAUGUUUCCUCCUUUUACUCCAAAGAAUGUCUUAGCAGAAUGGUUAUCUGUUCACAAUGUUCCUCAGUUUCACACUGCUGGUAGGUACUUGACUAAAAUUAACCCUUUAAUUCCCUUGAAUAAUCAAGACAGAAUUUCUCUUUACAAUGUCAAUAUAGUGCCUAGCAGACAAGUGAUGAGAUUAAAGAAAAAUAUCAGUUGGAUUAUUAGUCAAUCAAAUUCCAAAUUCUCCAAACUAACAUUAUAAGAAUUGUAUGGCAGACCAUAAUGGGAACUUUUCUUAUUGCAAAUGAGAUCUAGGAAUCGAAAGGGUUAAGAUCACAUCUCAGGUUUUUGUUAUAAAUCUGGAAUUAAUUUAAUUUAUAAAAUGCUUGUCAGGUUGUGAUCAUUGCAUUGACUGCAGUUGAAAAGAGUAACACAGCCAGGUAUUUCCUGGUGCAGUGGGCUGGGAUCAUUAGUUUUGAUUUCCUUGGGUAGAAGACAGUUAAGUUUUAAACAUAGUAAUGUCUGUGCCUGUCCAGGAAUAAAUUAAGGCCAUAGAAAGUGAGGGGUAGGGAAUGAUUUUUAAUGGACCAUACCUCCCUGUCAUGGGUCAGUGCCAAUAAGACAAGUAGCUUAGUAGAUUAUGAGCAUGGUUGAGCAUCAGUACCCAAAGUUUAUGCCUGUCUUUGCAGUUGGGUUGUUCUUUCUUACAUCCAGGCAUUUCAUUUACAUUAAAAAAUAUGCAAGGCAGUUCUUUUUUUUUCCUCUGAUGGUUUUGUUGCAUCCAUAGAAACUGAGAAAUAUGCACAUGUAACUUUCUUUUUCAAUGGUGGUGUGGAGAAACAGUUUGAGGGAGAAACAAGAUCAAUGGUUCCUUCACCAAAAGUGGCCACAUAUGAUUUGAAACCAGAGAUGAAUGCUGCUGGAGUUGGAGAAGAGGUAAAAAUAAAGACCAAAAAAAAUCUUUGAUGUUGUUUCUUAGUUUGUAAAUGUGAAAGUCUCUCUAGCAGCUUCUCUGUGGUAUUUCAGGUGUUGCUCCACCUUAAAGGAGUGGCACCAUGUCCUGGGUAAAUUCAAAGUAGACAAGUCAACUGCAUGACCUCGACAAUGCCAGCUACUACGAGCAGUCCCUCCCUUUUAGCCAAAGUCCGUGGUGUGAGUUAAAAGAAAAUCAGUGAAGAAAUGUUAGUGUGCUGUGUGGGGCUCACACAACAGACUUUGCCAAAAAGGAGGGACUGCCUACAGUUUAGGCUACCAAAAGUCAAAAUAAUUUAUUUAAUAAUAUGUAGUUUAGCAGGAAGGACCCAAGCUUCCAUGCUGAAUGUUUUUGAUAUUUCUAUUAACAGGUGUGUAACGCUGUUAAAAGUGGCAAGUACCCAUUUGUAAUGUGCAACUUUGCUCCGCCUGACAUGGUUGGUCACACUGGCAAAUAUGAGCCUGCAAUCAAGGGUUGUGAGGCAACUGGUGAGUCAACAGUGUUGUACAAUCAGUUACAACACUAUGAUGGUUACACCUUUGAAAUUUGCCGAGAUGAAAAAGCAAGUGUUUUUUUUUGGACACAGAUAAAGCAAUUGGUGAGAUUGCCAAAGCAUGUGAAGAGACAGGCUAUGUGUUGAUGAUAACAGCAGAUCACGGUAAUGCAGAGCAGAUGAUGAGUGAGAAAGGUGGUCCUCAUACUGCGCACACUACAAACAGAGGUUAGUUGUCCACUUUGUAAACUAGUGAACACUUAAUGUGAAAGCAGCAAUUUUAAGUCUAUUCAGGGAAAUGAUUGGUGAUGGUAACCUGUAAGUCUAUACUGCGCAGGAGGUGCUCAUUGGAAAAAAAUCUUCACAAAGUCUUGAGUACAGCUUGAGGCCUAUUAUAUUUGAUGAUGAUGUAUUUAAGAUUCCAGCCCACUGAGAUUCUUUAGAGGAAUAGAAUUAGACAUAUUACAGCAAAAAAAAAGGGGGGGGGGGGCGAAAGGGGUGGUACUUGGGAUGGAUAGGCCCUAACCUUCCCCCCUUUAGAAAAAGUUUCCAGUUUCUUAAGGCCAGUUAGAGGUGGAUAUGCUCACUUACAAAAGUCAGUCACCUGGUUGGUAAUGAUUUGCUCUUGGCUUUAAUUUUCUUUCAGUUCCUUUUAUUAUGACUGGUGGACUUAAGUUUAAAGAAACUACCCACAAUGCUGCUUUGUGUGAUGUUGCUACCACUGUAUUAGAUGUGAUGGGUCUCCCUAUUCCAGCAGAGAUGGGUGGACAGUCGCUACUGGCUAAAUAGGGUGUGGCUUCCUUCAGUAAUCAUGGGUAGUCAUCUGCUUUGCAACUUUAAAGAAAACUUAAGAUGUGGAUUUCCUUAAAGUAACUGUUAGUAAUCACAGAAGUUUAUAUAUUUUAGUUUUUUUCUUGAUAGACAAAAAGUGUGAGAUGUGUUUUAAAAUGACUAAUGAUAAGCGCAGUGAAAUAUUCCUUCUUAUAAAGGGCAACUGAAUUCUUAACCCUUUAACUCCCAAGAUCUCAUAGGUAAGUCUCCUUACUGUCUGCCAUACAGUUCUUGUGAUGUUAAUCUGGAGAAUUUAGUAUUGUAUCAACUUAUAAUCCCCUAAUUGAUAUUUUUCUUUAUUCUCAUCACUUUCCUACUUGAUAUUGUAUUAAAAUUGUAAGGAGAAAUUCUGUCUUGGUCACUGGGAGUUAAAGGGUUGAAAAAAUAAAAAGGUAAGUGACAAGGCAAUAAAACAAUAAAGAUGAUCUUCAACUGGAAUCAUACUAUAAGGGCUGGGGUUGCAGAUAUUUAUUUUGAAUUUUAGCCAAUGAAGUCUUACUCCCAGCAAAUCAACAUGAAAUUAUAUACGAAUGCUAUAAAAUUGCCUUUUAUUGAUAGCUUAACUAUAUGUUAUAACUUAUUUUUCCCAAUUAAUUUUGUCAACUUAGUGGUAAUCAACUGAAUGAGUAUAAUUAAGGCCUGAGUAUUAUCAGAUUAAAAUGAGAAUGAAAUCUUUCUGGAAAUCACUUUUCCUUAUGUAAAAGGAUACAUAACCAUUAUUUGCCACCACAGACCUUCUUCUAAUUCUUAACACUACCUGCCUCACUGCAACUCUACAUGCAGUUUUUUCAAAGGAAGGGGUUGGGUCCUCCUCAGAAUACUUUGAAGGUGUUCCACCUAGUACUCUGCAUUAGUGUCAAAGUCAAGAAUUGCAAAGAGUGGAAUUAUACAUCUUUUUCGUUGAUGCUGUGCCUUUCCAUUUUUUAUCAGAAGUUGAAAGGAUCAAAUAAAUAUGUUAAAACACUUUAGUGGGUUCCUCAAUACCCAAAAAGACCACGAUGAACAGAUCUAGACCUGUUUUCAGACCCUCAAGCUGGAG